AUGAAAAACAGACUCAUCCCCGCGCCGCUUCUGCGCCUCCACUUCCACGACUGCUUCGUUCAGGGUUGCGACGGGUCUGUGCUGCUCGACUCGACGGCGGACAACCAGGCGGAGAAAGACGCGCCACCCAAUCUCACGCUCCACGGAUUCGACAUCAUAGAUCGCAUCAAAGAGACCGUCGAGGCGCAAUGCCCCGGCGUCGUCAGCUGCGCCGAUAUCGUCACUCUCGCCUCGCGCGACGGCGUCGUUCUGGCUGGCGGUCCGUUCUGGCCUGUGGACCUGGGCCGCCGCGAUUCGCGCACCUCCUUGGCGUCUCUCGCGUCGAGUUCCUUGCCCGGCCACCGGAUGAACGUGAACGAACUCCUGCGAAACUUCGCCGUCGCGAACCUCACGCUCGUCGACCUCGUCACGCUCGCCGGCGCGCACACGAUCGGCGACGCGAGCUGCGGCUCCGUCGCGCACCGAAUCACGCCCAACAGCGAUACGUCCAUGGCUCCACAAUUGCGGGACUACCUCAAUGGCCAGUGCAAAGCUCCCAAUGUCGACGAGAAGAUAUUUGUUGACCUCGAUAGCUCCAGCGGCUCUAAUUUCGACAACCACUACUUCCAGAACCUGCAGCGGAAAUUCGGGCUGCUGUCGAGCGACCAGGCACUCACGAUCAGCCCGACUUUUGAGUCGACUCAAGAGUCACCUUUCUCCCUGUAUCUCUCCCCAUUGCAGUACUUCCAGAACCUUCAGCGGAAGUUCGGGCUGCUGUCGAGUGACCAGGUGCUGGCGAUCGACUCGCGCACUCGGCAGCUGGUGAACCGUUACGCUUCGGACAGGAGGGUGUUCUUCCGCCAGUUCAGCCACUCCAUGAUCCGCAUGGGCGAAGCGGGCGUGCUCACUGGCACGCAGGGGGAGAUUCGCCGCACCUGCAGCGCUGUCAACUAG